AUGGGUGUUAACUCCAACAGAGUUGAGCACUUAGCAUGUUGCAGCAUGAAGAUCCAAAGCGAGAUACAAAUGGCAAUGCCAGCCUUGGAAAUACACAAGGUUCAGUUGCCACCAGAACGCACCACCUUGCAGAAACUCAGACACAGACUCUCUGAGAUCUUCUUCCCAGAUGACCCUCUUCACAAAUUCAAGAACCAAACUUGCUUCAUGAAGCUCCUCCUUACUCUCCAAUACCUGUUCCCCAUCUUCCAAUGGGCUCCCCUCUACAACCUUUCCCUUCUCCGCUCUGACAUCAUCUCCGGUCUCACCAUUGCUAGCCUCGCCAUUCCUCAGGGAAUCAGCUAUGCUAAGCUAGCAAACUUGCCACCCAUUCUUGGAUUAUAUUCCAGCUUUGUGCCUCCCUUGAUAUAUUCUCUUCUAGGGAGCUCUAGACAUCUUGGUGUUGGUCCAGUUUCAAUAGCAUCUCUGGUCAUGGGAUCAAUGUUAAGUGAGACGGUUUCUUAUAGUCAAGAUCCAACUCUCUAUCUCAAAAUGGCUUUCACUGCCACUUUUUUUGCUGGUUUGUUCCAAUCUUCUCUGGGUAUAUUAAGGUUAGGCUUUGUAAUUGAUUUUCUCUCAAAGGCAACGCUGGUGGGUUUCAUGGCCGGUGCAGCGAUUAUUGUGUCACUGCAGCAGCUCAAAGGGUUGCUUGGAAUAGUUCAUUUCACCAACAAGAUGCAAAUAACACCUGUACUCAUCUCUGUUUUCAAGCAAAGAGACGAGUGGUCAUGGCAAAACCUUCUGCUGGGAUUCAGUUUCCUACUGCUUCUGUUGACAACAAGGCACAUUAGCUUGAAGAAGCCAAAAUUAUUCUGGGUUUCGGCAGCUGCCCCGUUGACAUCAGUCAUUCUGUCAACCAUUUUAGUUUUUAUUCUGAGAAAUAAGGCCCAUAAAAUUGCCAUUAUUGGUGAAUUGCCAAAGGGACUUAAUCCACCAUCAUCAAACAUGUUAUACUUCAAUGGUCCUUAUUUGGCUCUUGCUCUCAAAACAGGACUUGUGACUGGGAUCCUCUCUCUCACUGAAGGAAUUGCAGUGGGAAGAACAUUUGCUGCACUGAAGAACUACCAGGUGGAUGGAAACAAAGAAAUGAUGGCCAUUGGUCUUAUGAACAUAGCUGGCUCUUGUUCUUCAUGCUACGUCACAACAGGGUCAUUUUCCCGAUCAGCUGUAAACUUCAAUGCUGGGGCCCAGACAGCAGUAUCAAAUAUAAUCAUGGCAUCAGCAGUUCUUGUGACCCUUUUGUUUCUGAUGCCACUCUUCUAUUACACACCGAAUGUUGUCUUAGCAGCCAUUAUCAUCACUGCUGUUGUAGGGCUAAUAGAUUAUCAAGCUGCAUAUAAAUUGUGGAAGGUUGACAAGCUCGAUUUCUUGGCCUGCUUGUGCUCCUUUUUCGGUGUUCUGUUCAUUUCAGUGCCACUAGGCCUUGGAAUAGCGGUGGGAAUAUCAGUCUUCAAGAUCUUGCUUCAUGUCUCUAGGCCAAACACACUGGUUUUGGGGAAUAUUCCGGGGACACCAAUAUUCCACAACCUAAACCAAUAUAGAGAAGCUUUGAGGAUUCCUUCAUUUAUCAUUUUGGCUGUUGAGUCUCCUAUCUACUUUGCUAAUUCAACGUACCUGCAAGAAAGGAUACUGAGAUGGGUUCGAGAAGAGGAAGAGCGGGUAAAAGCAAACAAUGAAAGUACAUUGAAAUGUAUAAUUUUGGACAUGACAGCUGUUACAGCUAUAGACACAAGUGGAAUCGAUAUUCUAUGUGAACUUAGAAAGGUGCUGGACAAAAGAUCACUUCAGCUUGUCUUGGCAAAUCCUGUUGGAAAUGUGAUGGAAAAAUUGCAUCAGUCAAAUAUUCUGGAUUCCUUUGGGUUGAAAGGAGUCUAUCUCACAGUUGGAGAAGCUGUGGCUGACAUUUCAUCCACCUGGAAAGCUCAACCUUGA